AUGCAUUGCCGGGAUAAGAGCAUAAUCGGCGAGGCAACAAAGGUGUUCCAGGAGGGCACUUCACAUAUGGAAGACAUUGGACUGUUAAACCUGGGUACUGUAACAGCUGGCGACGCCAUCUGCAACGAGGGAAGUACUCUAGGCGAUGGUGACAACAUGGAUGGCAACGCGGAUGAUUCGGAUGCAGAUAUGAUCAUAUCUGAUGAAGAAGAAGAGAUGGUUGAAGGUGCUGAAGAUGGAGGCCUUGAGAUGGCCCGGGCCCGUCUCCUUGCACAGCUUGGAGACCGUUUGGUGCAUUCUAAGAUGGCAUCAUCAAAUACAGCACCUGAAGUAAAGCCAGUACAGGGGUUCAAACAACUAUCGCGGGUCGAGGCUGAGAUACAACGGCAACAAAUGCGUAGGCAGGAGUCUCACAAGGAAGUGGUUCCGCACCCUCUGUCUUCGACUCCCAGUUCGACACGAGCAAGUCAAAAUAGGAUCGACAAUGCUCCCUUGACUGAAGACGAGUGGAACACCAAGGUCACCAUCGAUAUGAUCUUGACUGUAGUAGCAGAGUGCUAUGGACAGAGGGACCUGCUGAGAUUUCGAGACGUGUGGUGAGGGCACACUUAAUUACUAGAUACCCAUACAGAUAUCUCCAC